AUGCGAUCUCAGUCUCACCAGAGUGGAAACUGUCCAACUCGCUCUUUAUCUCAAACAUCGACCACCACUAGUUCCUCCCGCAGCACACAACGCUCCGACGAGAAGAAGUAUUUUAGACUGUCGUACCCCAUCACCGCGAAGCUCCAGCAGAAACGAUUCAAGUCGAAGUCUCCUACACCAAUCACUAUCCCCCGAAGCCAUCAAUCGAUGGCUCAACCUCAAGACAUUCCACGGAGCAACGCCGAUGCCUCCUAUUUUGAUCAAGACCACUACAGCGGAUCAGCAGAUAUGAGUGCCGACAAUGGCUCACCCCGCUCUUUCAAGGGGGAAUUUCCUAUCAAGCGAUCUGCCUCUCCGACUCACAGGCAUAGCGAUGACUACCGUCGCUACACCGGAACCGUCAACCAUUAUGGACGUCACUCCAAUGACUGGCUUUUCGGCGGCUUUAGUGUCCGUGACACCGUUCGCGAUGGCAUUGAGAAGCUUCGCCACCACGACAAGGAGAGCUGA